AGAGCCACUCUGCACCCUGAACUGUGUACAAUCAACAUGAAGUUAAUACGUAGCAGAUUUGGUGGGACUCUACUUUAACAGAAGAGAAACUAGAUAUAGCGGUACCUAUGGCAUCUCUGGAGAGAAACAACAAAAUCCUGCUGGAGUUGGUGCAACAGCCGGGGAACAAGGUGUGUGCUGACUGCGGAGCUCCUGAGCCGGACUGGGCCUCGUACACUCUUGGUAUCUUUGUGUGUUUGAACUGCUCUGGGUUGCAUCGUAAUUUACCCGCCGUCAGCAGAGUCAAAUCCAUACGCCUGGAUCUCUGGGAAGAAUCCCUUGUAGAGUUCAUGCGGGAGAAGGGGAACUCUGCUGCAAAAGCUACUUUCGAGAAGUGUGUCCCUGCCUUUUUCUACCGGCCGCAGCAAAAAGACUGCAUAGUUCUCAAGGAUCAAUGGAUCCGUGCAAAGUAUGAAAGAAGAGAAUUUACCGGAGAAAAUAGCUACUUUCAACAAGUUUAUUGCUCAGGUAAUAAUCCUUCCAUUAUACAAACAGGAAGAUAUGCCUGUUUUCCAUACCAAUCAUAUUCAUUUGAUGUUUCCGAUCCAGAUCUGUUUGAGUCAACACUAAUGAAGAAAGGCAAAGACAACAAACAGUUUCUUAAGAGGAUAUUUCAUUUGUCCCGGAAAGACUUCACCCUCAGAUACUUCAUAAAAGAGGACUCCAAGGUUCCCAAAGCGGUCAUCAGCAUGAAGGAUCUGAACGCAGUUUUCCAGCCGGAGAAGAUCGGCAAUGCUCACGGCCUGCAGAUCUCCUACCUGCAGGACGAACGCAUGAGGAAUCUGUUUGUCUACCAUGAGAGCGGGCAGGUCAUUGUAUCCCUAUUCAAUGCUAUCCGGGCAACACGCUUGGCUUACCUCCAGAAGAAACAUCCCACCCUUCAAGGCAGUGACUUUAUACCUCAGUUGACAAAUCGCUGCCUGAAGGAGGGAUACAUGGAGAAAACCGGCCCAACGCAACGAGAGCCGUUCAAGAAAAGGUGGUUCACGCUGUGCUCGAUGAACAGAAAACUUCUGUAUUUUAAAACUCCACUGGAUGCUAUAGAGCGCGGCGCCGUUUUCAUCGGCACCGAGAGCCACAGCUACUCGGUCUCAGAGAGCAGUGGCAAGAGCACGAGGGGGGGCCGGUGGCGCUGUGGCAUCACCCUGCAGACUCCAGGCCGACAGUUUGUGUUCCAGUGUGACCAGGAGCAGGAGCAGAGGGAGUGGGUGGACGCACUGAGACGGGUCAUCGCUCAGCCCAUGACCCCAGAGGACUAUGCUAAUGAAGCCAACCUGACUAGGGGGAAAUGAGCAGAGCACUUUUUUCCUGAGUUUGUUUGGAACAUAACAGACUGAUCGCCUCACUUCCAAUCCUGCCAGUGAGGAUAGAGAGAAGUUCAACCAAAGUCUCUUUCAUACCAGCAGGACUCUUCAUCUCCACUGACAAUAAACUCAACCCCAACACUUUGCACAGGCUACAGCCUCUGUGCUUACUGUGUUACACUCUGGAGAAGUUCCUGCCCUGAGAUCAUUGCAUUUGCCACCAUGACGACUGAGGAAAGCCUUCUCGUGUGGCACACCAUGCAUGAAUACACUGGAGCCAAAUGUUGUAUUUAUUAAAAACAGGGUCUGUAGAUUUUCACACACUAUUUCAUAUUUCUUUUUUUGUAGUAAUUUUGCACAUUUUUUGAAAUUAAAUCUCUCUCACACUCA